GUAGGUCACCGAGACUCCGCACGCGCUGCUGUUCCUGAUGUGGCUGCAGCUGCGCGCGCGCACUGCCGUUAAACCGGUGUGGCUGAGAGAAGCGAGCGCGAGCUGCGGAAACGGGGGAAAGAAGGAGGAGAAGCAGGAGGCAGGCGCGAGAAGGGAGGAAGGAGAGAGAGAGAGAGAGAGAGAGAGAGAGAGAGACGGCUCGCGGACGUGGCGGCUCCGGGGCUGAGCGACGAGCCCGCGCGCUACAGAGAGAGAGAGAGAGAAGCAAUGCACCGGGGAAACUGCAGGGUCCAGAAUCAGGGAAGAGAUCAGCAGCACAGCAUUAAGUAGGCUGCUAAGGGACGAAUCUGGCUGAUGAUGGCUGAGCUGGAGACGGAGUGUAUCACAAUAGGCCUGAACACUCUGGCCUCUGAGUGUAUAUCACCUGCUCUGGAGCCGCUGCCUGCCGAGUGUGUGACGCCGACACUGGCCAUGCUAAACACACUUAGCUCAGAGAUUGCAGAGCCAACUGCCAUGCUUCCAUGUGUAAAGAGCGACCCUGACCUGGAGCUGGUUCCCAUCCGCACCGUGGACGUGUCCCAAAUCCAGCCAUUGAACACUGCGGAACUGGGUACGGAACAAGUCAGGAUGGAGAUCAGUGGCCUGGAGUACAUCAAGUCGGACCUACACUCAUUCCACGGUGCAAGUUAUGAUGCCUUUGACUACGUGUCGCAUGACAACCUGGACUACAUCAAGUCGGAUCAAAGUUCCGACCUGCAGUGUUACUAUGCAAUGGAACUUGAAGCUAGCAGGUACGAAUAUGACUCAACGCUCGCAUCAGAGAAGUCUGAGACAUCGGAUACAGCAGAGUCAAACAUUCUUGAGUCCAUCCGUAUGGCGGAGCUCCGCACUGAGCUCAAUAAGCUUCGCCCUGAAGCUGUUAUAGAAUUUUCUUCCGCUCACAUGUAUGACAUGCAGUCUGCCCAUACAAAUACAAACACCACAAACCCAGACACUGCGAAAGCAAAAACACAACCACGCAAACCUCGCAACCCGACAGGUGAAAAGCCAUUCUCCUGCACACAAUGCGGAAAGAACUUCAGCACUCUGGGAAACCUGAAGACGCACCAGCGAAUCCACACAGGUGAGCGGCCAUACUCCUGUUCGCAAUGUGGCAAGAGCUUCGGCCAAGCAGGCAACCUGAAGAGGCACCAACUGAUACACACUGGCCAGAAGCCCUACAACUGCAGCUUCUGCCCCAAAGGUUUCACCAAGGCAGACGACCUGCGCUCGCACCAGCGUAUCCACACAGGUGAGAAGCCGUUCACUUGUGACGAUUGUGGAAAGGCCUUUUUCCAUUCCAAGGAACUUAAGGCACACCGCCUUGUACACACAGGUGAGCGGCCUUUCUCCUGCCAGCACUGUGGCAAGGCGUUCACGAAGGAGGUGAACUUCCGCAAUCACCAGCAGAGCCACACAAGUGAAAAGCCGUACCAGUGUUCCCAGUGUGGAAAGAGCUUUGGGAACUCGGGCGUGCUCAAGACUCAUGAGAAGAUCCACACCGGGGAGAAGCCGUUUAAGUGCACACAGUGCGGCAAGAGCUUUGGCCGCCUCGGACACUUAAAGGCACACCAGCAGAUCCACACGGGUGAGAAGCCAUACACCUGCUCACAGUGCGGCAAGAGCUUCAGCCAGUCUGGUCACCUCAAAGCACACGAACAGAUCCACAAACGAGAGACAGCGCAAUAAUGGAGAACGAGUGCAGCUAAAACGUAACGGAGCACAGGAGAGAAAGCAAAAUAUUAAUGUUCGUAAUAAUGAUAACGGAACUAAACGCAUAUAUAAUAUUAUUAAAUGUACUUAUUUAUGAAUGCCUAAAGGCUUUGAAUAGAUUGAUUCUUCACACGUGUAUCUGUCAGUCAGCCUCAGAGGGUGGAUCAGUUGUGAUCAGUAGAGAGGGUUUUGACUACCUGCUUACUCAGUCUUGGCCAGAACCCAGGAUGUGUUUAUUCUGCAGCUUCCCAGUGGACAGGACUUGUGGAAGUCACCACAGUGUUUUAUCCUCAUCCAGCAAGAAGAAGAAGGAAACCCCUGUUUAUUAAAACUUAUUGCUCCAGGUGGUUCAUGCGGUUCUUGAAUUCUUGAAUGGGUUCUUGGUCUUGUGAACCAUCUAAAUGCUGUUCCUGUAGCUUGCUACUCGUUCCCAGAAUCCUGGCACUUGCAGACAUGGUCGGGUCCACUGAAGGAUCUGCUACCUCUUAGAUACCUCAUGUUUAAACACAUGUUGAGCAGAACCGAAGCAAUGGCCAAACACAACAUGUUAUACAUGUUGUGUGAGAACUACAGGUUAACCAUCACACUAUACUCCAUUAGAGACAGAAAUUGUGUGGUUAUGGUACAUCCUCACGCACAACCCUCAUCAGUAUUAAUGCCUUGUUACUUAGGUUCCUGUGGAACCACCGGCACAUUGGAGCUCUCACUCUGACAGUGGGCUAGUGAAUAGUUUAUGGUUUGUUCACUUUAUCAAAUACAUUCCAUGUCAGUUAAAGUCUAGCAUGGCAUCUGGUUCCGUACUUUGUAGAGUGGAUAUGGUUCUGUUCUGAUAAAGUUUUGUUUAUGGCAUAAACGUGACAGAAUUUAAUUAGAUAACAGGAAAUUUCUUCUAUUGACUUAACAAGCUGUUAGAAUGACCACAGUGUACUUGUCUAGGACCAAAAUAUUUAGUGACAGCACAUAAUAUAUGUCAUCAAGGUUUUAGAACCAAAAGAACCCAGUCAUGAAGGAGCCUUCUGGGUCGUAGGUCAGGUGGAAUAAUGCAGUAACAUUAGCUGAUGUUAGUAUAGCUAUAUUAGCAAAUCUUAUUAGGCAUCAGUAAUGUGAAUGCACUGAUGUUGGUAUGAACAGGGGCUCUGAGGUGCAGAACAUCAGGGUCAGAGAUAACACUCAUGUCAUCAAACCUGGUAUAAUCACUGAUCCCACACCAUGAGAACGAUUGACAGAUGACAUGAAGACUUUUACAGAUGAACAUUAAUGUAUUGAUUUUGUCUUCUAUGCUCUGUUACACACACCUCUCAAAGUAUUAUUCUUUUUUAAAACAAAAAAGCCCACAUUAUAUAUAAUUAUAUACGUUUUCAUACCUGUUUGUGACUGAUUUGCUCUUAUGCAAGUGUCUUUCUUUAUUACGUGGGGGGGGGGGAUCUGGUAGAAAUGUUUUGUAUACGUUUUAUCUGUUUCUAUUUGAUUUAGUGACGAUUUCUUUUCAUACUCACCGUGUACACGUUUAUCAAGAAACCAUGUAAUUCUUUACAUCAUGUACUGGAACGAGUUAUUAAAGAAACUAAUGAAAA